AUGAGUGUUCAACAAGCUCCAAAGUGGUAUCCAUCUGAAGACGUUGCUGCCGCAAAGAAGACCAGAAAGGCUUCUCGUCCACAAAAGUUACGUGCUUCUCUAGUCCCAGGUACUGUCUUGAUCUUACUUGCUGGUCGUUUCAGAGGUAAGAGAGUUGUUUACUUGAAGCAUUUGGAAGACAACACUUUGUUGAUUUCCGGUCCAUUCAAGGUCAACGGUGUUCCAUUGAGAAGAGUCAAUGCUCGUUAUGUUAUUGCUACUUCUACCACCGUUUCCGUCGAAGGUGUCAACGUUGAAAAGUUCAACGUUGAAUAUUUCGCUAAGGAAAAAUUGACUAAGAAGCAAAAGAAGGAAGCUAACUUAUUCCCAGAACAACAAAACAAGGAAAUCAAGUCCGAACGUGUUGAAGACCAAAAGGUUGUUGACAAGGCUUUGUUGGCUGAAAUCAAGAAGACUCCAAUGUUGAAGCAAUACUUAGCUGCCUCCUUCUCUUUGAAGAAUGGUGACAAGCCACAUUUGUUGAAAUUUUAA